AGGCCCAUAAACCGUGCAUCACUUGCCAUCGCUCUGCUUUCAUCCGACUCAACUGACCAGUCAUAAAAAUGAUCUGGCUUUGCAUCGCAUCGCUGUUAUCAAUUUCUCUAGUCACCUCUGAUCAAAAUAUUGACAGAAGCCGCAUCAGAGUUUUCCCAGCAGCAAACAAAAGUAUUGCAGGAGUAUUCCUGGUUAGCAGCUUUAAUAAACUCAACCAGCCUCAGUACACCUUCAAUGCCUCUGAAGCUCGGAGUCUCUGCUCGUCCCUCGGAGUGAACAUUGCCUCAAAAGCACAAGUACAGGAAGCUCUCACUAGAGGUUUAGAGACGUGCAGGUUUGGAUGGAUUGAUGAACAUUUUGCAGUCAUUCCCCGCAUCAAGGCCCUUUCUAGUUGUGGCAAAAACCAAACUGGCUUGGUGCCAUGGAGAGCGUCUGUUACACAAAAAUUUGAUGUGUUUUGCUUCAAUGAAUCAGAUGCGGUGACACAAUUGGAGGAUGCAACAACUGAUUUGACGAGGAGGGAUUACUCAAGUCAAACUCAGUUUCCUACUAAGACAGCAAGUACCACCCGGACCACACACUCUACGUCUUCCUCCUCCUCUCGUCCUUCUUCCUCCUCAACUCCUAAAACCAUAGACAGUGAGGCACAACCAGCCCGGUUUGUUGGCAGUGCAGAAAGCUCUGCUGAAGUGAAGGCUAUACUCAUCACCUCAACUUGUGCCCUUCUCCUUAUUGCAAUAAUCACCGGUGCAUACAUAAAAAUGAGGUGUCGUGCUCUCAGCUCUGACACAAAGCAGCAGCAAGAAUGCAUCCAGACAGAAGAGUGGACAAGUGUUAAGAAUAUAAAGGAAACCAAUGAAGUUGCUCAGGAAGAUGAGAGGAUGGAAGUGGAUGACAAUGCAAGUUAGAAAAUAUAUUUUAUGUGAUAUUUUUUAAAGGCACUUCAUGGACAACUACUGAGUAAUAUUCUUUUUAAAGACAAAAAUGUCUCCGUUGUUUUGUUUGAAAGAAAUGUAACAGAAUGGCCAUCAAAAUUAUUUUUGUAUAUUUUCUAAGUCUGGGUUAGUAUUUACAUUCAUCUGAUGUUAUAACAAGGUGUAGUUUAGCCACUAGAUGGCAAUGUUUUCUUUACAAUUAUCAUUGUGAAGACUGAAGACCUUUUAUUCUUUUAACAUACUGUUUGCAACAGAUGAUGAACAAAUAUGUAAAUGCAACAGUUAUACAAUUUCCAGCAUUUCAAUUUUCAAUUUCAUUUAAAAAGUAAUUAGUCAUUAUGAACUUUUUUGCUUCCCAAAACCUAAAUAUAUUGAUAUCUUUCCAAACCUCUUUAAAACAUGACACAAUAUUUAAGGGAGAGACAGAGGACAUGUACCAGACAUCACCUGUUAUCAGAGCCGUCUCUGACAUUGUGAAAGGCUCUCUCAACCAAAAGUGUUCCUGUGUCUGAUGUACAGUGUAUUCAUCAACUGUUUUAAACUGUUUCUAUGACAUACCCCCAUUUUUAAAAUGGAGUGUAAGGUACAAUUGUUUAUACAUUGUGGGUUUGUGUUAUCACAAGCGUAUAAAUGUACUUCUCAAAUCUGGCCGUCGACAGCUUCUGUCUAAACCUUUAAGAAACAAAGUGCCAUCAAUCAUCCAAAGCAUGCGUCUUCACUUUAGCAAACUCCUUAUAAACUUGUGACCAGCUAAGCAUUGCUUUAAAUUGACAGGAUAUUGUAUUUUUCAUUUAACCAUCACAGUCACUCACUGGCACUUUUUGGAAAUAAUGGUAAAUGGUGAUUACUAAGAGCUCAGCUUGCUUGUCUAAUACAAGGUCUGUUUUAUUCAUACUGGGAAUCCAUAGUGUCAGACCUAGCUGCAUCGACUAUGAAGCUGAGUUCAUUGCACAGUGUCUCGUGUCUGUAGGCCAUGCGGAUCUGGGCGACAUUGGUCCGACGGAUAUCGUUCCCUUCAGGUCCAUCUUUCAGAUAGUUCACUCCUAAAAAGUGCCUCUUUUCCUGUAAACAAACAACAGAAUAAAGUAUUGGGACACAGAUGGGAUUAAUGUUGAUCAAAUGUGAGGAAGAUUCUGCAGAGAAAAAUGGUGUCACUACCUGGUGGGAGAGUCCACUUUGCAGCACACUGUUUCUGGCUAUUUCACACACAUCACAGGUGCUGAGCUUCCACAGCUGAGCUGCGAUAGCGUACUCUUCCAUCAGUGGUUCCUAAAAGCAGGAAACAAACAGUGGAUAGCUAUUUAAACCGCAGAACUUACCCCCAUCUAAAGCACACUGCAA